UUGUUUUUGUGUGCGUUACAGAUGGAGCGUUUUCACGAAUGCGCGCCGCCACCUUUGCGUUUGACAAUCGAUUGUGGAUCUAAUGAAGAGGGGUAUUUACCAAUGGGAAGGGCAUCAUCCUCCGACUCAUUCGACACUUCGAAUUUCGACGUUGAUUCAUUCUGCAGUAUGAUCCAUCGAGCUAUCCCCAAAGCGGUAAAAAAUGGAAGAUUUGUUUUAAUUGAACCAGAUUAUGAUCAAGCUGGGUACGCUGACUCUCAGAUACCAGUUGCAAUGUCACCGCCAAAGGGCUUCGUACCAAGAUUAGGUUCACACAGAUUGAAGGUACCUAAAUUAAAAAUUCCAAAAAUAAGCGUUCCAAAAUUGAAACCUUCAUUACGCGAACCUAUAUCAGCCCCAUCAGUGGGGGCACCGAUGUCGUUUUCUUUAUUUAAACAAGACAAUGAUAAAGAGGCAUCGAGUGCUGAGAGAAUGGAGAUGUUUAAAAAAGGCGUACAGAAGAUGCUGCACGUUGUUAAGGUACUUGGACAAAUUGAUCAAUAUUUAUCAGAGAGAACACGGAUAUUAGUAGAUAAGUUGGCGAAAACAUUUUCUGAUUAA